GGGCGGAAAGGUGGGGGGGGUUUCCGCCGGACUCCCCGUCGAGGAACGCGGGGGGCGUGAUGUCGCGCGUGGGGCUGCUGUGUCGGUUGGGCUCGCGGCUGCUGGCUUCGGGAGCGGGGAUUCGGAGCGGGUACGUGGGGGGGGUUUCGUGCGCGCGCCCCUGCUCUCAACCGUCGCCGGGCGCUGGUUUCCCCCUCACAGACACCCACCCCGUGACCCCAAAUAAGGGGCUCCCGUUCCCUCAGGCAGAAGUUCCACAGGUGAAGGCGGGCUCCCCUCUCCGCACGACUCAGGGGUUGGGGGGGUGGAACCCAAGCUUUACCUGUUGGGUUUCUGCCUGUUAAACGCAGCAAGGGAAAAAUGUGGAGAGUUUCGUUGAAGCUUUUUGGAACCAGUGUUGGAAACUUGAGAUUGGAAAGCUGGGAGCUAAAGGGCACCUGGAACCUGGGUUAUGGUCGACUGUCUAGGCGCGCCUUUUUUAUAUAUGACAAAGCUGAAAAUGAACGAACUGCAGUUAAAAUAUUGUGUUCCUUUUUUCACAUGGUCCAGUCCUUCCCCUUCCCACCCCCCCUAUUAUUCCCAAGAGAGUCUCUUCUCCAGUCUUCAGAGAGGAGCUGGAAGUGAGGAGGCAGAAAAAAGCUCCCCCUUUCCUUCCACUCUGCAGUUUUAAUCUGAAAUCUUAGGCGCAGGAGUUCAGAAACUGCUUGCGCUAAUGAAAUGCCCUGUCGCAAAAUGCGCCUAGGACAAUGGGAGUUUCGAAAGACUGCUUGAAACUCACUUUCCGAAAGUGCAUAUUGGUUUUUUUCUCCCCAACAUGUUGAGAGGGGGAGAGGAAGGGUGUGCACCUGUAGUAAUUUGUGGUGCUCUACUUUUCUAAGUUGUGGACAGGGCAUCAAACAGUGGUUUCAUACCACAACCACCGCACAUCUAUGCUGUGGGGUUAAUAUUUUUCUCUUGCCCCAUGCUCCGUGCCUUUGUGGUUGCUUUGUUUUACUGGGGCAAGGGAGAAAGGGAAAAAAGCUGUGCAGUAUGUGAAUAAGGGUACAGUGGUACCUCGGGUUACAUACGCUUCAGGUUACAUACGCUUCGGGUUACAGACUCCGCUAACCCAGAAAUAUUACCUCGGGUUAAGAACUUUGCUUCAGGAUGAGAACAGAAAUAGUACUCUGGCAGCAGGAGGCCCCAUUAGCUAAAGUGGUGCUUCAGGUUAAGAACAGCUUCAGGUUAAGAACGGACCUCUGGAACGAAUUAGGUACUUAACCCGAGGUAUCACUGUAUAUGUCACUGCACUGUGAGAAGUGAGGUUACAGGGAACCAGGCAGAGGGCCUUCUCAGUAGUGGUGACCACCCUGUGGAAGGCCCUCCCAUCAGAUAUCAAGGAGAUAAAUAGCUAUACAACUUUUAGAAGACGUCUGAAAGCAACUCUGUAUAGGGAAGUUUUCAGUAGUUGAUGUCCCACUGUGUUUUUAUAUUUGUUGGAAACUGCCCUGGGUGACUGGGGUGACCCAAUCAGGUGGGCAAAGUACAAAUAAUAAUAUUUUUAUUAUUACUACUAGCAGGGAACCAGACCGAUUUUCAGGAGCCUGACACGUAAACAAGUCUCUUAUGACAACAUAUACAGUACUAGAGUUGGGCGAUGCUGGGUUUUCAGUAUUGCGGUGUAUCACCAGCCAAACAUAGUUCUUUGGCGAUAUACUGUGAUGUUGAAAAAAGCUGCGUUGGCCCCAGCUGGCAAGAUGCUGUGUGAAACUGCCAUAGUUCUCAUCGUGGGAGCUGAGGUGCUUUCACCCCAGCACCUCGCAGGCUGUGGCCAAUAUAGCUGGCCCCAGCCUGCUGCUCAGCCGGGGGGCAGAAAUGCUCCUGCCCCCAGCGGAGCCAGCCUUGAAUCCCCUGUCACUUGUGCAUGACUGGCAGGGGACUCAGGGCUCCUUGGCCAAGGUCUGCUGGGGGCGAGAGAGCCUCUGCCCUUAGCGGAGCCAGCCCCAAGUCCCCUGUCACUCACAAGCAGUGCAAGCGGGGGCAGGGGGCAGGGAUCUCUCAGCUGGGAAGCUGAGAGCAGCCGGAUCCGGAUCCUACUCGCAUGCAAGCAAUAGUGGGCUUGGAGCUCUCUCAGUUGGGGAGGGGGAGCACUUUAACGGAGCCCCCAUCCUGCCGCUGGCUUCUGCGAGCUGGUAUCGGUUCAGGGGCUCCAUAAAACUACAGUGGUACCUCGGGUUAAGUACUUAAUUCGUUCCGGAGGUCUGUUCUUAACCUGAAACUGUUCUUAACCUGAAGCACCACUUUAGCUAAUGGGGCCUCCUGCUGCCACUGCGCCGCCGGAGCACGAUUUCUGUUCUUAUCCUGAAGCAAAGUUCUUAACCUGAAGCACUAUUUCUGGGUUAGCGGAGUCUGUAAUCUGAAGCGUAUGUAACCUGAAGCGUAUGUAACCCGAGGUACCACUGUACUUGGCUGAGGCAAGGGCAGCAGCGUGCUCCUCAGCCCAAGCAGUUUAAAGAAGUGAAGGAAGGAAAAGGCCGAUUCAUCUUGAUUCUCCCUCUGCCAGGGCAGAGUGCGAUGGUGGUUUCAACAGUGGUAUAUCACUGGUGAAACCGCCGCUACUUGAGUCCCUUUGCAUUCAGCUCUCAGCUAGUUUGUUUCUCCCUCAGCACACUGGGCACUGGAGGCAGAGAGACUCAAGAGUGGUGAUGGUUUCACCAGCGAUAUACCACUGAGUGAAGCUGUCAUUGCGGUCUGCCCCCACAUACUAGUCCAGUAUCAGUAUAUCCUGUAUCAAUAUAUCCUGUGAUCAAUAUAUCGCUCAGGCCUAGCAUAUACUUAUUUUGAAACCCGUGUUUUAUUCCCUUCCUUGGUUAAAUUGUGAUGUGUGAAGGGAACUCUUAAGAUGUAUGCUAUUGUAUCAGUUGGUGUUUUGCAACUACAUUGGUUUGCUUAUAUGGCCCUAAGCCUGGGACCAUUUUCUCUGUUAGCCAAUGAAAAGGUAUUGUUCUGGCAACUGUAGGUGACUGGGGUAGAGUUGGGCACUUCACAUAAGAGGGUUCUUCAACUAUUACAGUAUAGCCUGCUGCCUCAGGUAAAGAGAACCUGUCUGUCCACCUUAAUAAAGCAGUGUUUCUCCUUGAAAUUGCACCAUCGAUUUAGCUUAUUAUAUUGGCUGCAUAAUGCUCUCCAAGGAACUUUGAAUAUUUUUGUAAGUCUGCUGCUUUCCCAUUUGCCAAUUUACUAAAUAUGUUCCCAUCAGCAAUUCUUUCUGCCUUUCUUACAAUUUCAUUAUCAGCCUACAACAGUUAGGGUAAUGCACUUCAUUCUUCCAUUUCUGCAAUGUCAGUUGGGUCGCAGCCCACAUGCUUUGGAAAGUUUUAACAUAAAAGUGUUUAUAAGGCAUUCAAAAAUUCUAGUUAACUCCCAUCCUGCUGUCCUUUAAUAUGCUUGUGAAACAUGUUAGUGUAAUGUUCUGGAGAGCAUGAUUAUUUGCCAAGGCUGCUCAACAUGCUUUGUAAUUCUGCAUUUGGCAUCUCAACCAGAGCCUUCAACAUUGAUAAUCAUCUCUUUAGUUCGAAUCUUUUAAACUGAUAUAGGAGUCAUAUACUUCCUGUCCUUGCUUUUGGGGCAUGUGCUGCAGGUGUUUGCCAGUCUGGGAUUAUUAUUUUUGCCUACCUGUAUUUAUGCUUGGCAAUACCUUGAAGAUAACUGGGUAUCAGAACUGAGAAUAGGGAAAGGCAAUUGUGCAUAUCUCGUUUUCUAAACCAUUUUUAUCUUCUGUUUGAUAGUGGUCUGUGGUGUGUCACAGCUAGGCAUAUUACUGACAAUUCCACAUGGUGGGAUGAGCACCUUUCAAAAGAGAAUUUCGAGUUCCUUAAGAAGUAUACAGCGGAAGAAUUCAAAGCUCAAACAGCCAGUAAACUCUGUCCACUAAAAGAUGAACCCUGGCCUUUGCAUCCAUGGGAGCCAGGUUUGUAUAUGACAGGUUAGGAAGCAAAAGCAAACCUGUGUCCAGUACUUGAGCCUGUAUUUGUAUUCCUUAAAACACAAAUGCUUUUAAAAUCAGUGAGCUGGAUUCUAGUCCAUUAAGGAAGCAGCACAUGUAGGACCUAAGAGUUAUUUUCCCUUGCACCCAGCGCAUGUGUGUAAACAUUCAGCAUGCCAGGCCAUUAUGAGAAUUGGGAAGUUCCUAUCAAUUAUUAUUAUUAUUAGGCAGCCCUGUAUCAGGAAGUUUUUAAUGUUUUACUAUGUUUUUAUAUGUGCUGUAAGCCACUCACAGUGGCCGGGGAAACCCAACCAGAUGGGCGGGGUAUAAAUAGUAAAAUUAUUAUUAUUAUUAUUAUUCCAGCUAGUCUUUUCUUUUUUCAUUCCCCCACCCCCAAGGACCACAUGUUCCAAAUCUGUAGUCCCUGACUAAAUGAAUCUAUACUGGCUGGGAAUAUGGAAUACAUGCACAAUCCUUUUGUUCCCUAAUGUGGUGCCUAUGUAAAUACCUGCAUGUGCAUAACACAGGGGAAAGGGCUCUGUCAUGCCACAAAGGGAUCCCUCUGUACUCGGGUAUUGGGUCUCCAGUGUAUUUGAUUGAACCCUUUGUUUUUCAGGUGUUGUCCACACUUAGUUUCCCAGAACUUUUUCUUCAUGGACAGCUCCCUGCCCUGCCACUUCCAGUCCAUCCCAUCUGCCUUCUGGGCAGAAUGCCAGGUUCUAAGAAUGAUGGCGCAGCCACUGCUCUUGCGCUUUGCGGCUGAUGCUCCCAUCAUUUUUCACAGGCAUGCCAUGAAUCACCUGAAUGAAGCUUGUAGACCACUGGUGGUCUGUGGACCGCAAUUAGGAAACACUCACAAAAGGUCAUUUAAUAUUAAGUUGCAACCAAAGUCCCUUUCAUUCACUCGGCUUCGGUACUAAUCUGCCAAAAAUACAUAGCCUGUAUGCAAAAAUAAAUAUUUGUUUGCUUUUUACUCCUAUGAUGGGCCCCUCUUAUGAGUAAAAAGCAGGCUAGUACUAGUAAGCAAAUGGGGGGGGGGGGGUGAUCCCAGCUAGAAGCUUCUUCCUUUGCAGUCAAUAUGGAAGCAGAGUGCUCUGUCCCUCUUUCACCAGCCAAUACACACAUUUGAGGAAAUUCCAUGUGCUCACCUGUAUGGAGCACCUGGCUGCCAUUGGCUAAAUAGUUAAAGGGACUGCUUUCACUUUUAAACACAGGUUCUAAAAGAGUUGGACUUAUUGCAGUAAAGUUGGGGAUGAUGCCAUUGUGGACCAAGAAAGGUGAAAGAGUGCCUGUCACAUUACUUCAGGUAAGGCAAAUAUUAGUCUUUAAAAACCAUGAUAGGUUCUUCUAGAUUGCAUAUUUAGGAUCUGGGCACUAUCCUAACUAAACAGCUCCAUUAGUUGUAGCAGCACAAUGGAACUUCCUUGCCCUCCCCCCCUGUGCCCCUUGCAGGCUUGUGAAAUCUGUUUUGGCUCUUGUUUGGUUUUGCUAGAACCCUGAAGUCCAAUAAUCAGAGCUGGAUGCAAAAUAAGUAUUGAGGUGGAGCCAGACACAAAAUAUGGCUUAAUAAACAAGACCUGGUUGCCUCCUUUCCCUCUUACCCCAUGAACAAUAACCUGAGAUUACCUGCAGAUACAAGUGCACAUCUACAGUCAAUGCAGUUCUCUGGAACUGGGCAUUAUAGAAAGGUGUCCUUAUUCAUGUUUAUUCCUCUAAACUGUUGGCUGUGCUAUAUCUUUAUCUUGUUGUUGGUUUUAAAAUUAUAGUUUACUGUGUUGCUAGCUACCUUGAGGCCAUUCACGGCGAAAGGUUGGGUAUAAAUUAUAAAAAUAAACGCUGACUUUCAGUUCCCCUUUAUAAAGGUUAAAGGUUGCAGUACUGCACUGUGUACAGCAUCUGACUACUGAUUCAUUGUUGUUUGUAUAAGAAGGAAAUUAAGCACUUGAAGCUGGAAGGGUUAUUUCCAAGGGCUUACCUGAGAUUGAAUUAGCAAAUCCCUAUUAGAUGAUUUAUAUAACGAUGUUACACUUCAAGUGUUUAAUUUCCUUCUUAUUUGUCCUGUAUUUAAGAUUUUGGUGUAGUUUGGAUGCAUUCCUGGUCUGUUGACUCUAAUAAACAAAUGGUGAUGAGGACAUUAUUAUUCAACAAAAUAUGUAUAUGGGUUUUGAGAUUACUUUUACCAUUCUGUGUUGGCUCUUUUUCCUUGAAGGUUAGAGACUGCCAUGUAUUAAAGCAUAUACCGAAGGAAGAAAUGGGUGGAAAAGAUCCCUUUCUGCUUGUUGGAGGAAGAAAUGUUUCACAGUUUUAUGUAAGUCUACUGUGUUGCUUUUUGUGAUAGAGUUAUCAGUUUUCAUCAACUUCUUCUAUAGAGUGCAUUUUGGUAUGUGGUGUGCCUCUAUAUUUAAAAGUCUGCCUUUUUUAUUUUUUAAAAAAAUGCUCGCAUGCAUCACUGUUUGCUGUCAUUUCUUGAAAAUGUGAUUUAUCCCUACUCUUUACCAUUCUCUGAAGGCAGAGGAUUUUUGCAUGGGGGACAUGGGGAGGAGGAUUCCCUGGUCCCGAAUGGGGUAACUGUGCCCCUAAAGGACCAAGUGUGCAGCCUGGGAGUCAUUAUGGACUCUCAGCUGUCCAUGGAGGCACAGGUCAAUUCUGUGUCAAGGUUGUCUACCAGCUCCAUCUGCUAUACCAGCUGAGACCCUCCCAGCCUGUGCCUUGUCUCGCCAGAGUGGUACAUGCUCUGGUUAUCUCCCGCUUGGACUACUGCAAGGUGCUUAAUGUGGGACUGCCUUUGAAGGAAUCUACAACUAAUCCAGAAUGCGGCUGCCAGACUGAUGGCACCAUAUAACACUGUUCCUAAAAGAUUUCAAUUUCCGGGCACAAUUAAAAGUGUUGGUGCUGACCAGUAAAUCCCUUAAUGUCUUCAGGCCUGAAUACCUAAAGGAAUACCCACAUUGUUGAGGCGAGUGGAGGAUUCAGUCCUGCUGGGUGCUGCUUAAAGAGGAGGCACAGCAUGUCCUUCUUCUGGCCUCUCCCCUCCUGAUUGCAACAUUUCCCCCCUUCAUUUAGGUGUACUAUGUAUUCUCCAAUUCUCUGCUUCCUUUUCUUCCCACAUGCGUGUGCAUGUGCUACGCAGCUUCUUUCCCAUUUAUCCUUGGACAGAAACACAGGGCUAAUUGAGACAGAAGGCUUUGGUUUCUAGGGAGGCAUCAUCAUCAUCAUUAUUAUUAGCUUGAGAGGAGGGGGGGACUGCCAAAGGUGGAGGGGGAAGAAUUUUUCCCCACCCUGUUCAGCCUCCUUUUAAUAAUUUUUCUUUCCUGUUUAAGAAAGCAAGCAUGCUACCUUCCUGUGGGGAAAAAAAAUCCAAGUCACCCUUUAUACCAAAACAUACACGAUGGACGUAAAUAACUAUUCCAGCAGAUAUGUGCCAGUCUAGAGCAUCUGUAGUGAGACACAGACCAUGCAUGGAACCAUUCAUUGUUUCCACUGUUUUUAAUUUGUGUGGGGUUUUAGUUGUUGUUUGUUUUUAUUGAGGGAGGGGAGAUGUGUCUGGGAGGGGAGGAGCUGGAAGAGCAAGGAGGCUCCCAAUCACUGUGGUUCAGGGUAGGAGGAUGUGGUUUGGCAGGUGGAACAGGCCAGGUAAGGGGCACACGGCACAGGCAGUACCUAGUAACAGUGAAGGCAGCAAAGAAGGCAUACUUUUCUUCCCCCGUUGUGUCUUCUUGGUGGCCUCCGGCAAAGCUUUUCCAGGUAGUGUGGGGUCUUUUACACUCCGACUGAACCAGCGGUAGCUUGCUAUGACUUGUUUGCAAAGCAUUUUAAGGAUCACAUCACUUGCAUCCACUGGGAUGAUGAUGAUGAUGAUUACUAUUAUUAUUAUUUAGUUCGCUGUUAUAGCAGAUGGAUCUCAUGGGAUGUCCAGAGAAAAUGUGUGGGAUAUAAGAAAGUUAAUUGUUAUUAAGCUUCCCCCCCCUCAUUUUUAGCAACUGUUCUCAUUUACAAAUUUGAAUCUCUAGUUAAAUCAAUAUCUAGGUUUUAUAGAUCUCUUUAGUUUCCAUUGAUUCUUUUGAAAAUGGGCAUAUGUGGAAAUAAACCUUCAGCUCUUCAGGUGUAAACUUGCUUCAGUUUGGAAACAGAACUAAAUGCCUUUGUUUUAUAGAAAGUUAAUUUCCAUCUUAUUAUUGAUGUAAAAAGUUUCAACAACAAUGGGUGUGUGUGUGUGUGUGUGUGAUUAUGAGAUGGGUUAAAGCCUCACAAGGAACUGAGUUAUUAAUUUUCAAAUAAUAUGUGUGGAAUCAUAGAGUAUGUGUAUACUGUAGUAUAUUUGAUUAAUCGGUACUCAGAGGAAACAGCAACAGCCAGCCAUACCCAGUCUCACAAUGUAUAAUUUGUGAUCUAUCAUCCCCAUUCAGCAUGCUCUACAAUGCAGAAUCAAAACUUUGCCUCUUGCAGAUAUUGGCAUUUCACUGUAUCUACCCUGAAAGAUCAAUAAUUUCUUGCAGGCAUAAGAUUCUAAACUGCUGUCCUGUAACAGCUUCUGGAAAUGCCUGAAUGUGCAGGAGAUAUAUUCCUGCAAGUAGAUGCCUUUGAUGCCUAGAGCAUCCAGCUGUUUGUUGCAAGAGCUAGAGAUAAACUGUGCCUUUAAAUUUACAAAAGCUACGUGCAUCUAAGUUUAUAGUAUAACUGGGACAUAGAUGUUUCAUGCCCCAGCUCAUUGGGUAAAUGUUAUGUUUGUGAACUGCACACAUAAGUUAAAGCAUCCUGUCAUUUUUAAGUACACUUAAUGUAGUCAAUAAAAUAGUUCCAGAAAUUGAAAGGAUUACCUGAGCCUGUCAAAUGUCUUGAUGAAAUGUUCUUUCUUGUGUUAGAUGUUGUAGAAAGCUGGAAUCAGAUACGUGGAGACAACCUAAAAAGCUUUUGCAUCUAGUGGCUAUCUUUUCAUUUCUUUAAUUAUUAUUACAGUGGACCUUCGGGUAACAUAAUCCUCAGGUUGCUAAUGCAGCAACCCCAGAAGUGUAUACUUCUGGGUUUCGCCAUGCGCGCAUGCGCAGAAGCGCUCAAUUGUGCCGAGCGCAUGCACAGAAGGGCACCUCUGGUUAUGAAGUUUUCGGGAUGUGGCCGGGCCUCCGGAACGGAUCCCAUUCGUAACCGGAGGUACCACUGUAUUUAUUUUAAUUCUACUAAGAGUUUAUUAUAUCUUCAUUCAGACCUUUCCCCUUAUUUUUACUUGCUGCUCUAAAAGAGCAUCCAUAGAUACUGGUUAUAAAUUCUUUUAAUGUAUAUAUGUGUCGUAGGAUAAUUUUUUACAUGUUUUAAAGUUGUUGCACCAAGGACAAAUACAUUUGUUACCUAAAUAUAACAGUUUUCAAAGGAUUGUCUAAGAAAUUAGCUAUGUUUUAUUGUAGAAACUCAACACUCCUAUCCUAAAUGCAUUCUUUGAAAAUAAGUUCCAGGGACCAUCGUGGAGCUUACUGUAAUGACGUGUUCUUAGGACUGGAUUUUAAUUAUUUUUAUAGUAGUCAUUUGUGUGUGAGAGAGAGAAUCUCAGGAAGGUGACACUAAGAAGUAUUUUAACCUUCGUCUAUAAAACAGUAUUAUAAAGGUUUAUCAAUUUUAUGCAGUUUGCACACAAAAUGAUAAGCAGGGGGCGUUUUCAGGUGGGGCACAUUUUUGCUGCUGUAUAACCUUAAAAUUGUCCUUUGAACUCCUCUGAAAGUUCAGGAAGGCACUUUCAUUGGGGAAAAGGAAAACUGCAGAUAACUUCUACAACACUGACCACCUGACAGAUGGUGAUUAUCCAAGUGUGUCGCUCCUGUCAGUCAUGUAAAUUGCUUUCUAGGGGAAUCCAUUUAAAGCACAAAACUCUGCAAUACGGCUUCUUGCAUUUUCAGUUUUCAUUCAUUUUACUUCUGUUUAGUUGAUAGGUUGAGAGAGAGAGAGACUCAAGGGCAAUUUCAGAAUUAAUCCACUAUAAACCACUUAUAAACUAUGCUUCCUAUGUGUUUGGUUAAUAAUGAAGUAUCCUUGUGCUAAAGAUUAUAGACUCUAGUAUGGUGAAUUAAAAUUAAAAACUUGCAAGACUUCGUUCUUUCACCAUUUUCAUUCUGGCUCUGCGGUUGUCCAUGCUUUAUUGAACCUUUACGCUUCGGCAAAUUUUUAAAUAUUAUUCUUCAUGUAAAACUUUGUGGUAUUAGCUUAUUAUUUUAAAAGUCUCCAUAUUAUAAUCACACACUUUUCAAAAUUUGGUUUCUAGCCACGGUUUUAAUGCCCUAAAUUAUCGUUAAUCUCAACUAUAGCUACCUUCAUAAACUAGGCUUUGGAGUUGCUGUGUUUUACUAGGGCAUAGUUUAGAAUAAGCAUAGCCUGUCUGGGAUCAGACAGAAUACUAAGUUGUGUUUAGUUGAAAAAGGAAGCAAAAGCUUUCCAAACUCCUUGUGGCUGCGCUGGGGGGUAGUGGGUAGCCCACAAGCCUAAGGCUUUCACAGAGGCAUUCCUGUAUCACAAAACAAGGCCACAUUUUGUCUUGUGUAGUUAAUAAAAGGUGGAUUUAGACAAGGGAAACCUGGUUUGAAAUCCCCACAGCCUUAAAGCUCAUUGGCUGACCUUGGGCCAACCAGUGUGUCUCCUCCUAACCUAAUUCACAGUUUUUGUGAGGAUAAAAUGGGGCAGAAAGCUGGAGACCAUAUCUGCCAUUCUGAGCUCCAGUUUCUUUCUAUGAUUUUUUUACCUAUGCUUGAUUAUGCAUUGUAAUAAAAUAAAAAAAUUUUUAAUAAUAAAUGAUAACAACAACCACUUCUUUAAAACUAAAGAUUUUGAACAGAUGUGUCUAGGAUCACACACUGUGAUACAAUUAUGAGACAGAGACUCUCUGAAUUUUAUCAAGAAGCAAGUCCUUAAAACCACACAAUUGGCAUAUAUUUUAAAUUGUUUGAAGCGUUUGAGGAUUUUCAAUGUAAAGAAUCUAAUUUCUUAAUAUUUCUCUCGUUGCUCUGGGUUGCAUUUCUUACAGAAAGGGACGGCUAUGAUGGAGUUGUGCAGAACCGUUGGGAUCCCGCCAAAGGAGAAGAUUUCAACGUUUAGAGUGUCUGAAAAUGCCCUCAUUAAGCCAGGUAAUCUAUGCAGAAUGAAGAACCGCGGAAUAUAAUUUUGCACAAUAUUUUCUCUUGGUAGAUCAGAGCCAUAGUGCAGAUCUGACAAGGUUUUGAAGUCCCAGGGUAAAAUGGAGCAAAUCCUAUGUAUAUAAAAAGUCGAAUAUUAUAACCAUACAUUUCCCGCAGAGAAAGUCAUGUGAUCCGAAAUGGCUGCUACCUUUUUUAAAAGCUUUCUUAGAGAUAAAGAUAUUUUUGUUUUGUUUUGUGGAGGGUGUUCCAAUCAGGGGAACAGGGAGGGAGGCCAUUUUGGAUGCCUCCCCCUGCAGGAACAAAGGGAAUUGCUAAAAAUUGCAUCCUUCACCAUGGCAUGACAUGAAUCACCCUGGGCCCAUUGCAGCACUCAAAAAAUGCCUGAUUAUUAUUAUUAAGACAUUAUUAAGACAUCUGAAGGCAGCCCUGUUUAGGGAAGUUUUUAAUAUUUAAUGCUGUAUUGUUUUUAACACUCGAUUGGGAGCCGCCCAGAGUGGCUGGGGAAACUCAGCCUGAUGGGCGGGGUAUAAAUAAUAAAUUGUUGUUGUUGUUGUUGUUGUUGUUAAGACUUUGUCCAAACAAAUAAUGAUAAUAGGCUUAACUUGAUUACCUUCCUUCCCCACCAGGUACUCCCCUGUAUGCUGCUCACUUCCGUCCUGGACAAUAUGUGGAUGUCACUGCAAAAACGUAAGUUUCCCCCUGUAGCUAUUUAUGCGCUAGGAUGUUUUUAACCACUUUAUUUUAGAUAGUUAUUAGACUUUGAAGGCGAACGCACAAAGCGAUUUACAAGAAAAUAUUAAAACAAAAAGUAUUAAUAAGCCAGAGAAAUAAAAUAAAAUGAGGGAAAUGUUUUCCAAAGCCGCUGGAAUUUUUCUUUUGUGGUAUACUUGGAGCUUGUGCCUGAAUCAGGCAGAAAAAGAAAAACUGCUCCCUGAGUGUGACCGCGCGCGCACACACACACACACACACGGUUGUGAUGAAAUUGCUUUUCGAUUUUUAUCCCUUGAAAAGGACUAUUUUUGGCUGUGAAGAUAAUUCAUGGUAUUUCUUUUAAAAGCAAGAAUGAAAUAAAAACAGACCAUCCAGAUGAAAUGUUUAAGUAGACACUUGGUCUUGUGACACCAGGGAUUACGCCGGUUGAUUAAAGUUGACAGAGCUGUCUUCUUUGAAGUUUGCUUCCUUCAGUUCGUGAAUCUCUUUAAAAAAUAAUAAUUUUAUUUAUUAUUUUCAUUUAUAUACAUUUCAGUAGUAGUUUAACAGUAAAUCAAACAUUUCAAAACUCGACUACCUUAUUCCUCUGGCAAUUUCAUUAUAGUUUUUGUUGAAUGCUGAGGUGUCUAUUUUCAGGACUCUCAAUAAUUUUUAUAAUUGUAUUUUUUAAAACAACAGCAACAACAACAAACUAUUUUAAUGUUAUAUGUUAAAUUGUUAUUACGCUCCCUAGGACCUUAGGCUGAGUAAGUAAUAAAUUAAAUUAAGAACAAGAACUGGAAUUUACUUCUGAAUAAACCUGCAUAUGAUUGUGUUGAAAGUCCUUAACGUUUUCCAUACAAGAAGCUCUUGAAAGACAAUGCCUUAUAUGGUGAUCAUUUUUUAAUUCUAAAGUCUAAAUGCAGCUGCAUACUUUCUGUCUUAAUAGACCAUUGAGUAGCAGUCUGAAAAUUACAGGUUAAAUAAACAUGUUUGUGCUGUUCUACUUUGCUUAAAACAAAUGCUGUUGAAAUAUGUACAUAAGAUAUUUCUGUAAUGAUAGGUAAUUAUGCUGACAACUAAAGAAAUUAUCAUGUUUUAUAGGCAACUUUGCCUUUUUUCUGUAUUUGAGUAUUUCCUAUACCUCUAAAGCAAAUUGAUUUAUGCUUAAUUUAUACUCAAGAAAAUGUCGUUUUGGCAACAUAAUUUUAUUAAUUGCACCCAUCUUGGGAGAAAGGAGUACAUACUCUAAGCAAUGGGUUGUUUUAGAUUAAAUCAAUUGAGCUUGUUUGUUACACUUUACUACCACUAAAACAGUUGAAUUUAAGUUAUUUAUUUCUAACCUGCCCCAUUGAGACCUGUGGGACUAGAAUCUAACUUAGUCUGCAUCCAACCUAGUGUAUUGCUUAGUCUGGGUAGUUAAAGAGCUUUUCAUUUGGAAGGUUUAGAAUCCUCAAUGGCCCACUAUGACAUUUUUCUUUUGCAAAAUACUCCUUUCCAAAACCAUCCUGCAUCUGUUCUGAUCUUAACUCCAUUGUAGAAAAUUCAAGUGUCCAGGCCAGGGUAGUCUACGUGGUGCCUUCAACUCCUUAUCAUUGGUCAUGCUAGCAAAGGCUUGAUCUAGGCCUGCCUUAGAUUUUGGAAAGAUGAGCUUCAUUUGUUGAUCAUUAGUUGACAUCUGCUGCAUGAUAGCAUUAAGUGUGAACCCAUUGAUUCUCCUGAGACCCUUCAGUGGCUUUCAUUAUCAUCCACUAAGAUACCCUUUCAAGCUGAUUUAUAGGACCGUGGACGCUGUUCUAUGGUGGUUCUGCUUCUACUUCACUGGGAGGCUUCCAAAGGUGAUCUGGUCUACUGGGACUUGCAUGCGGGAUCCUCCUGAAGUAGAUUCCAUGCUUUAACAUUGCAAGCAAGUCUUGUUUUAUGUGGCUUACAUCAACUUUGUAUUUAUGCACUAGUCUGGUUGUCAUAGGUGGCCAGGGCUUAAAUGCAGGUGGGAGAGUGAGCUGGCUGAGGAGAGAGGAAAAGCUCUGUUCUUUCUCUGCAUGAAGCAUUGAAACCAAGUGGACUGAAGGAGAAAGAAGUUCCCUCCUCCACACGCAGCAUAGAAUUGCAGCUUCCGAUCCUUCCUCUGCCAGCUGCCUGCAAUCUUGGAUCUUUUGGGGGGGGGCUUCUUUGCAAGGGUGACUUACUCCCAGGGAAGUCUGCAAAGGACGCAUGCGCCUUUCUAUCUGCCAUACAGAGGCAUUUUUGAACAGCAUUCUGUAAGUGCCUUGUACUGAAACUGCAAUCCAUGUAUUGGGGAAAUUACCUUUUUCAAGUGGGUUAUUUCAAAACUGGCCUUAUCUGCUUUAGACUUGGCAAAGGCUUCCAAGGAGUCAUGAGAAGAUGGGGUUUUAAAGGUCAGCCUGCUUCCCAUGGCCAGACUAAAACACACAGGAGACCUGGAGCCAUUUCCAAUAGCGUAAGUAUUCUUAAUAAUAAUAAUAAUAAUAUAAUUUAUUAUUUGUACCCCGCCCAUCUCGCUGGGUUUCCCCAGCCACUCUGGGUGGCUUCCAACAAAGAUUAAAAAUACAUCAAAAUGUCACACAUUAAGAACUUUCCUGAACUGAGUUACUAUGACUUUGUCAUUACAAAAAGACAAGUGUUUAGAAAAAAGUUUCUUCCAGUGAAUGUAAACAUUUCAUUACACAAUGAGCUCUCUCCACUGAACAGUUUAUUGGGAUCCUACAUAGUGAGCAUGAACCAAAUCAAUAAAACUUUGAAGUAAAUGUGCAUAGGUGUCAAGAUGCUUUUUUUAAGUAGUACUUAUGGCAUGUUGUUAACACAAUACCUGCUUUGGUUUUGAUGCUGAAUCUUACUUUAUCUUAUUUUACUCUUGUUCACAUGCCAUAGAAGAGCAUUUCCAUGGUCGAUGCCUAACUUGUAUUUCGUAUUUUUGAGACAGAAGGUUGCAAGAGUUUUCAAGGGAAAGAAAAUGCCAGGGCGGAUGGGAAACGUCUUCAGAACAACGGUGGGACUAAAGGUGAGGCUUAUGAAUGUGCAAUAAAGAUGAGGUGCAUGUCCUUUAUUUGCCCCUUUGAUAAAGUAGCUUCCUAGUGCAUAAUCACCCUCACGUAAUAGCGAACAUCAUGUUUUCUUCUUAAGUAUCAAAGAGAGACGGCCACUGCUGUUAACAUGGAGGUGGAAUAAGGGCCUUUCCCUCCCUCUCUGCCUCUUCCUUGCCUGCUGACAGCAGCAUUGCUUCAGGGCAGGGGGAGAAAGAGGACUUCCCUGACCUGCACUGGCCACUGAUGGAGCUGGGGAAAGGGGACUUGAAAUCGCCGGAGGUGGUGACCCUGCCACUGUCGAUGCACAAGUCAAAGUACCAAAGUGCCUCCUCAGUACUCAGUGCAGCCCGGCUUGCUUGACAAGUGAGGCACAGUUUGUCUGGGAAUGCUGAUGGUGCUGUUCUGUUGCUAUGUAAAGAGGAGCCGUAUUUUCUUUUCCCCACAACAUAUGAAAGUCUGCAGAAAGACGCUGCAGUUAGCACAGCAAGUAAUUUUUAAAACCACCACAGAAUGUUUUGGUUUCAAUUUGGUCGUUUUAAUCUUUCAGGUGUGGCGGAUCAGUGUGAAGCACAAUAUCAUUUAUGUACACGGUUGUGUUCCAGGUCAUAAAAACUGUUUAGUAAAGGUAAGUUUGGCUUUGAACUGUUGGAUAAUGUGGCAACACAGUGCAUUCAAUGACUGUUUUGGUCAGCCUUGAUUUUAUUGUUUCUUCCACCUUGUGCCAUGUGCAUCAAUGUGUUGUGCUUUGUUUCCCAAGCUGGUGCCUUCCAGAUGUUUUGGACUUCCGUUCCCAUCAUUCCCAACAAGUGGCCAUACUGGCUAGAGGUGAUGGAUGUUGUAGUCCAGAACAUCUGGAAGGUGUCAGGUUAGGCAAAGAACUCUUUUUAAAUUGCAAAAAAAGCUCCUUACAUUGUGAAUGGAUACUGGCAAGCAUUGAAAGCUGUCACAGAAGAAUACAAAGUGAUGUUUCAUUGGUUGGCCAGGUAAGACCUUUGCAAAGGAGCCUGUUAACAAGCAGGAUCUCUCUCUCUCUCUCUCUCUCUCUCUCUCGCUCUCUCUCUCUUUUACAUUAUCAUUUUUAAUUUGGUACUGUGGCACGAGCUAGGGGAAAAAAUGGCGAUUGCCAGAUUAAGCAGAAUAAAAAUAUUAAAAGUAAUAGUGUGCCAUUUUGCUCCUGCCCUACAGUUUGUUAUGUUCAAUUUUCAUCAUGAUCCCUCAUGCCAAAGGCUGUGAUUUUUCAUCUAUCUUCACUUGAGCUCAUCAUGUAGGAUAUAUAUGCUAUGGAAAUGCUGGACUUCAUUGCAGACUGUGCUGCCUCUGGCUGUUGUAACCUAAUUUGAUGGGAAAUUGUGGUGCAUUUAAUUUUGACUAUGCUCAGAAUGUAAUUGGGGCAUAUCUCCCCCCCCCCCCCAAAAAAAAAUCUAAAGCACGUUUUGUAAUUAAAACAAGGAAACAUAGGAUUGGGAAAUGGUGGACACACAAACUCACAAGGGACAGUUUCUUCACUCUUGCAGGGUGCUUUUUCCUCCAUGACCCUUAGCCUAGGAGCAGUUGAGAGCAAAGAAGUCUUGCAGCAUUCAGUGUCCCUAGCCCUUUGAUAUCUAACAUUUUUACUGAGGCAAAAAGAUUCCAGUCUUGCUCACUUUGGGAAAAGGUACUUUUUUUGCUAUGUAAGUGUCUUGCAUCUUGUUACUGUUCGUGCAAAGUACUGAUUCAGCCUGGAGCUCUGCUAAACUGCAAAGUGGUCUGUGACUUCACCCUACUUCUAAGCAUUAAGCUUGCUACAUGCUCAAGCAAUUUUUGCGGAUUAUGUUCUGCUGAGCUGUACCUGUAGCUGUUCAAACUUGAGACCUCUGCUAUCAGUAGCACAGCGUCUUGUAUGUACGUUUCCCAAGGCAUUAAUUUACUGUUUUGCAAAACCAUGACCCAAAACCCAUUUUAAACAGUUGAAUACCUAUGCCCCAUUUCUAAACACAUACCUGCUGUGUGAUCUUUUUUAGUUUGUUGUUUUAUUUUUAUUUUUUUUAAAGAAAAAGCUGUAAUUUAGAAAGAACAAGGAGCAUGGCAAAACAAGUCUCUUUGUGCGUGUCUACCUGGAAACACUGAUGGUGUUGGCACACACACACACACACACACACACACACAUUUUGUCAAUACUUCAUUAUCUAUUUUGGUUGGUUGACAUUAAUGCAGAUAUUAAAUCAAAGGAAUUGGUAACAUUUGUGCUUGUAGCCAGGCUGACCAUUUCACGAUUAAACACAUUGUGGGAAAGCUGAGCCCCUCCCCAAAUUCAUUUAUCUAAAGGAUAACCAGGCUCAUUCCCCCCCCCAUGACAUGCAACAAAUAAAAGACCCUACAAGGCACCCACUCAUCAGUGUUCCCCCCAGUUGUCUCUUAAAGGACAGCAAGAGAGAGACUCUGUUGUAUGUGCUCAUUCCUCUGGAGCACAUUAAUUUAAUAACCAUGAGAUGAGCUCGUCUUAUGGGUUGAUAUCUAGUUAUAGAACAGGAAGCAGAGUAUAGUAAUAGAUGGACACUUCUCACAGUGGGGGAAACUGAGAAGUGGGAGUCCUCUGGUCAUCCGUAUAAGGAUCAAUGUUCUUUAACCUGCUCAUGAAUCAUCCGUGAAGAGCAGUGAAGUGGCCACAUUUGCAGAUGACCGCAGAUCAUUUGAGUGUCAUUCUUUAAUGCUUUAAGGUUGUCUUAAAACAAUCUAAAUAAUUAGCUCUGUAUAUAAAAGAUGAAAUGUUUCAUAGGAGGCUUUUUUUCUUCUGCGCUCUCAAAAAAAAUUUUUUUUCUAUUAGGAGGAAAAAUGAUAAAAAAAUGGUUUUGCCCCCACUCCAAGGUUUUCCCCCCAGGCUUUCACAUCUCUACAACUACCUCUCUGAUCUUUCUUUUCUUGUCCUCUCUGUCACAUUAUGUCUAAUGACAAACUUCUUUCCUCCCAAGUUCUCAUCUCACAUUACACUUUCCUUAUCUAGUUAGUCCAACUGGUGCUCUGAGCAAUAGCUUUGUGUUUUGAAUCCUAAGUGAAUUUUUGCCCACUUUUCAUUAUCAACCCCUCUUGCGCUUGUUGUGUUUUAGGUCAAGGAUUCGGCUCUACCAGCUUACAAAGAUGACAGCAAGAAUUUACCAUUCCCAACUUAUUUCGCUGAUGGCGAAGAGCAGCUGUCUGAUGAGUUGUUUGAUGAGGACAUUUUUCAGUUCACUGAGCCCUCCAUAACAUUCACUUAACUAUUGACAUCCUGAGGUGCAGGCAGGCUUCCCAUCAAAAAUAUUGGUCCGAAGACGCAAAGCAGGAAAAUCUCCCCCCGAAAAAGUAUCAUCUGGCACCAACCUGCCCACAUGACUCUGGACAACAAUUUUUGUUAAGAGUUUUCUUCAUCGCAACAGACGUCAAAGGAUGAUAAGCAAAGAAACAGUGACACAGCUGAUUGACACUUUCAAAAAAUAAUUCAAAACCUUCCAAACUGAUAAUACAUGUGUGUGUUUAUAUUUAGUGUAAUAUUUACCUCUAUCGUGUUAUGAAACAGAUACAUGUGUCUGGUUUUUUCCUUUCCUCAGCAGAAAAUUGGCUGUUGUUAAUUACUUAAUAUAAAAAAUAUCACUUUUUAAGUUCAUUCUGCCCUGUGCGUGAGCAGUUUGGAGACACACAGGCUAUGCGUGGUUCAAGAGACCUUGUCACCUACAUCGUAGGAAGCCCCACACUCCCAGUGGUGGCUUCCUUGGCUGUCCCUACUACAGCAGAUCUGACAGCCAGCAAGACGAGUCUCUUUUUUUAAUGGCGCAUCUGUAUUGGCAUCGGCUGUCGAGAGUUGCUGAAGGGAAACCCACAGAGAAGGUAGAUCCAGUGUGUGCUGUUCACAUAUAUCUACAUAAACAAAGCCAGGGAUCUUUGCAUAUUCAACAACAAGGGUGCAAUGAAUAAGAGUGGUAGAGAAUUUCUUUGCAAUUUCUCCCAGUUCAGACUGAAGUAUAUAUGGUGCUCUGUGUUUUCAGGAACUUAACACAAUCUUGUGAGCAGUUCCCCUCUUCUGAUGUCCCCUAGCAACAAGAGCAGGGAAAGAGUUUAAAAAAACAACAGUUGUCAAGUUUGCCUGUUUGCAGUUCACUCUUAAGUGCUUCAGAUGGCAAUCCUGGCUACCCUCAAUUACCUGAAGAUUGCACUCAUACGAGAGAAAGCAAUUGUUCUCCAUCAGUGCUCAUCUCUAACUCCCAAAUCUGUCACAUUAAUAAAUGUCCAAGCUGUCUACUUUGAUUUGGAGUUGUGUUGUGCCUUUUCACUGAGAUGCAAUACCAUAUCAACCACCGUUAUCCUUUCCUAUCAAAGUGCACGUUUUUAAUGCAAGUUAGUAACUAAUUAUUUCACAUGAGGUCCUCUAUCUUAUUAAAAAUAAUAAUUGCUUGUUUAUAAGCAUGAUGAGAUUUUAAUUUAAAAAAAAAACAUUUUAAAUCCCACAUAUUAAAUACAAAUUAUGUUUUGAAAGUAUAUUCCUAAUCUAUUAAUCUAAAAUGAAGACCCCCCCCCAUAUCGUUUGAUGCCAUUGUUAUUUUGGAAUAUUAGUGUUAAUUAAUGAGAUUUCGCAGCCAUGUCCCAUAACAGCAAGCCGCCUGCCCCCCAAUUAACUCUGAAUAUGUUGACUUCCAAAUCUUUCUUAUUAGCAGAUACAACAUAUAUAGUCAUAAGGGUGAUAAUUGUUUAAAAGCAUUAUCUGCUGGCCUGCAAUGAUGUAAGGCAGAAUAGGAUGAUGACUUGAAAAAGUAGAACUGAUAUAACCGAGUUGCAUCCCAGCAAGGAUUGAACUAGAACUCCCAUCAACUCCUGCAAGCAUGACCAAUGGUUCAGGAUGAUGGGAGUUGUAGACUGGAGGGCACCAUGUUGACUACCUGCAUAGUAUAUCCUUGCUCAAUGCUAAGAGGUUUGCUUUCUUGUUUUCUGGCAGCUCCAUGUAAUCUCCCUGUAAUUUACUAUAUUUUGUCUGCUGUACUAUGUUUUGCCUCUCUGCUGUUUCCAUUCCUUGGUUUCGGCAAGUAUAAAAAUGUCAUUGGAGUUGCUUCUGCAAUGUAUAAAAGUGAUAAACGUUGAGCAAGAU